AGCAAAAUGAUACGGGGUGAGUCUAUUUGUAUAAAUGUCAACCAACUCCCUGAGCCACAAAGAUGCCACUACGUGUUAAACACCAACGACUGCACCUCCAACAUGAAUCUGGUCAACUAUCUGGACUGGCACUACUGCCACUUGGACACCCGCAACAAGUUCAACACCUUCUGGAGUGUACUGUUUAUGGCGAUCCUAUUGAUCUACAUCUUCUGGAUGAUGCAAUUGGCGAUAAUCCAUCACUUCUGUCCUCUUUUGAAGAGUAUUGCGGAUGCACUCCGGCUGAAUGAGAGCACGGCAGGAGUUACUGUGCUGGCCAUUGCCAAUGGAUCUCCAGAUCUGUUCACAACCAUCGCUGCUGGAUUACCGAUCAGCAGCAACUCCUUCCUUUCCUGCGCCGCCGUCACCAUGUUCCUGCACAUUUUUGUGGCUGGGCUGGUGAUGCUCACCAAUCCAUUCUAUGUCGAGGCGAAUUACUUUAUUCGGGACUUUGGCUUUCUAUUCGUGAACACCGCCUAUAUGGACUACCUCCACAAGCGGCGGGAGGGCAUCGGCUUGGAGCACACAAUACCGGCGGCCCUUAUAUUCAUUUUUUAUGUCGCCACGGCUGUUGUGGACCAGCAACUGCUCAAGUCCCAAGUUAAAGCUCUCGAGCGAAAGCGAAGUUCUUUCUAUGAUGACUACGAUGACUACGACAAUGAACUUUUAGAAAACCUAAUGCCGCAGACUCAGCUUCCGAUAAGACGGCAUACAGUGAUUCGACACUCUCACACUUCAGGACACCGAAACAAACACCUGUUUCUUCAAUUCUGGCGAUCCAUUUUCCUUUUUAAUUUUGCCCGCUACCGGGAGGCCACCUUCCUGGUGAGGGCCUAUCUGAUACUCAAGGAGCCCAUUGAAAUGGCCCUCCGUCUACUGAUUCCGGUGGUGGAUGUGGAGCAGCCCCUUCACGGCUGGUCCAAGCUCCUCUACGUUAUCCAGAUUAACCUGGUGCCCACCUACUGUUCCUAUAUAUUGGGUGAGGCUGUGCGCGUUCAAAUGAUGCCGAAAAUAAACUUGCCCAUAUGUUUUGUCGUUUGGGUGGCAGUGUUUCCUCUAAGCGUAAUCGUAUUUUUUUGCACUCGCACCGAUACAAGACCAAAAAUAUUUAGAUUUACAUCGAUAUUUGCGUUUUUGGGCUCCAUCUUAAUUAUAUUUAUCCUUACAUCGGAGCUAUAUGCCAUGUUCUUCACCCUCUCGACCAUCAUGCAAAUGAGCCACCAAUUCUCCACCGCCACUGUCAUUUGUUGGGCUGUCCAGAGCAGAUCUCUGGUCACCAAUCUCAACCUGGCCCAUCAGGGUUGGCCCAGAAUGGCUUUUACCGCCACUUUUUCUUCGCCUGUCUUCACCACUUUUGCAUUUUUGGCACUACCCCUGCUCUUUCAGACGAUUAAGGCCUAUCCCGAUAGAUAUCAACCCAGUGAGGGUUCGUAUGGAGAGACAGCUUGCAUCUUUUUGGAGGUGGGUAUGUUCUUCUCGUUGAUCUCCGCCAUGACCACCAACUUCAAGAUGCGACGAGCCUGCGGCUUCCUUCUGGUGACUUACUAUCUGUUCUACGUGGGCGUACUGAUACUCCUGGAAACCCAAUGUAUCCAUCCAUAUGGCGUGUGAGCUAAUAGUGCCGAUCCCCCAAAAAAAAAACGUUCUUUCUCCAUUAGUUAUGCUAAUUCCCGACAUGAUUUAUGCCUCAUUAAAUGGCCAAUUUUGAUCCCUUGGCUUUUGGCUUCUUCAUUAGG